AUGGAAUCAAUAAGCACAAAACAAGAUGCCGAAGGCGAACGUAUAGUCAGUGAAACUAUUACUGAACGUAAAGAAGUUCAUAUCAAAGUUUUAGAAGAGCACGCCGUAUCAUCCACUCACAAAGAAAACUCUGCUACGCUUCAAGCUGAGGAGUCGCUAUCAAUAUCAUGGACAAAGCUGACAUAUACUAUCACGAAUAAAAAGACCAAGAAACCGGAAAAUAUUAUCGAAAACUGUUGCGGUAUUGUCAACCCUGGAGAAAUUAUGGCGAUUAUGGGUCCUUCCGGAGCAGGCAAAAGCACUCUGUUGGACGUUCUGGCCGGUAGAAAGGAUCCCAAACAUGUUACCGGGACGGUUUACUUGAAUGGAAAAAGCGGAGAGAACGUAAAGUUUGUAUCGACGUAUGUUAUGCAGGAUGAUGCUUUAAUGGGUUCUCUAACUGUUCGCGAGAAUAUCCGAUUUGCCGCAGACCUUUGCUUCCCAUCGACAGUUUCGCCGCAAGAGCGUCAUCAAAAAGUCACUGCAAUCAUCAAAGAAUUUGGACUUGAACGUGUAGCUGAUCACAAGGUUGGAAACAUAAUCAUCCGCGGUGUCUCCGGUGGCGAAAAACGACGUACCGCUAUUGCCUCGCAAUUUGUCACCCUUCCCAAGAUAAUCUUUCUUGAUGAGCCCACAACCGGUUUAGACUCGGCUGCUGCAUAUAGUGUAAUGAAUGCCAUUAUAACCACAGCAAAGAUGCAUAAAUUGACCGUUAUCGCCAGUAUCCAUCAACCGAGCUCAGAGGUGUUUGCCUUGUUUGAUAAAUUGUAUUUGAUUUCCCGUGGAGGAACUAUAUACCACGGAUCCCGUGAUGGGGCAUUAGAUUAUUUCAAAGACCAAGGCUAUGAGUGUCCCGAACAUGCGAAUCCAGCUGAUUUCUAUUUAUCAAAAAUCAACGUUGAUUUUAUGCAAGACAAAGAAGUCGGAGAGGCACAUAUUCAAACGUUGAUUGAGAAAUACGAAGAAUCUUCGGUCAAGCGAUCGGUUGAUAAAGAAAUUGACGAGUUAUGCUUACCAAUUGACAAAGAAGAUGUAGCAAGUGACAAACUAGUGACAUCCAAAACAACACAAGGGUACAAUCGAUAUGCCAGAGGGUUCUUCGUCCAGACUUAUUUUAUCACCAAACGCUCAUUCACAAACGCUUACCGUAAUAUUCUUUUAUACUGGAUUCGCGUAGCAAUGUAUGUCUGUUUGGCGCUGUUGAUGGGCACAGUAUGGUGGCAAGUGGCAUUCGAGCAGAAAAAUAUUCAAGAUAGGUUCUCGGCCCAUUUCUUUUCGGUUGCGUUCCUUGUGUUUAUGAGCGUUGCUGGUAUUCCUGGAUUCCUCGAAGAGCGUGUGGUAUUCCGCCGUGAGAGAGCCGACGGAUUCUACUCGGUCGGAUCAUAUGCUUUAGCCAAUUUCGUCGUGUCAAUCCCGUUUGUGUUUAUCAUUGCUUUGACAUUCACCGCUGUUGCGUACCCGAUGAUUGGCUUGCACUCGGGAUUCGGACAUUGUAUGUCAUUCCUAGCGUAUUUGUAUCUUGCGUUGAUGGUUGCCGAGUCGAUGGUUGUUUUCGUGGCUGCAGUCAUCCCGAUAUUUGUCGUUGCAUUGGCCAUCGUUGCAUUCCUCAAUGGGUUUUUUAUGGUAGUCCAGGGAUAUUUCGUCAGAAGAGACUCCAUUCCACGUGGAUGGAAAUGGGCCCACUAUAUUGAUUAUCAGAAAUAUGCGUUUGAAGCCAUCAUUAAAAAUGAUUUUGUUGGGCUGACUUUCAAGUGUGACAAGGAUGAAUCUACCAGCAGGUGUUCGUGUUUCUAUGGAGACACAAGUGGCAAGUCGUGCACAUUUAAUGGCCAGGAUGUGUUGGAUUCGUUUGGGUAUACUGAAAUAAAGCCGUGGUUAUGGGCGGUCGCUUUGCUUGGAUUGAUGAUAAUAUUUCGCGUUGGAUUUUACGCCGCGCUGCGUCUCCGCAAGAAUAGACUUUAG